AGGGGUGUCGGGGAAGUCCUCCGCUGCUUCGGGGCCGCCGGAGCCGAGCUGGGCAGGGAGCGCCGCCGCCGCCGUCAUGUCGGGCCAGUCGAUCACCGACCGGAUCACGGCGGCGCAGCACAGCGUCACCGGCUCGGCCAUCGCCAAGGCCGUCUGCAAGGCCACCACCCACGAAGUCAUGGGCCCCAAGAAGAAGCACCUCGACUAUUUAAUUCAGUGCACGAAUGAGAUGAAUGUGAAUAUCCCACAGUUAGCAGAUACACUUUUUGAGAGGACGGCGAACAGUAGCUGGGUAGUAGUGUUCAAAGCCCUAAUUACAACACACCACCUCAUGAUGUAUGGGAAUGAGCGCUUUAUUCAAUAUUUGGCAUCUCGAAAUACAUUAUUUAAUCUCAACAACUAUCUUGAUAAAAGUGCCAUGCAGGGCUAUGAUAUGUCUACCUUCAUCAGACGAUAUAGCAGAUACUUGAAUGAAAAAGCACUUUCUUAUAGACUUGUAGCAGUUGAUUUCACCAAAAUGAAAAGAGGGAUUGAUGGUGUGAUGAGAACAAUGAAUACUGAAAAGCUUUUGAAAACCCUGCCCAUUAUUCAGAGUCAGCUGGAUGCACUUCUUGAUUUUGACGCAAACCCAAAUGAACUAACCAAUGGAGUAAUCAAUGCUGCCUUCAUGCUCCUCUUUAAAGAUUCCAUUAGGCUUUUUGCAGCCUAUAAUGAGGGGAUCAUUAAUCUGUUAGAAAAAUAUUUUGAUAUGAAGAAGAACCAGUGCAAAGAAGGUCUGGAUAUUUACAAAAAAUUUUUAGCCAGAAUGACCAAAUUAUCAGAAUUCCUCAAAGUGGCAGAGCAAGUUGGAAUUGAUCAGGGUGACAUUCCAGAUCUUACUCAGGCUCCCAGCAGUCUGCUUGAAGCCCUGGAGCAGCAUCUGGCUUCUUUGGAAGGAAAGAAGACCAAGGAAGUUUCAGCUGCCAGCAGAGCAAGUACUCUCUCCAGUGCGGUUUCCACCCUGGCCAACACAGGAAUGUCCUUCAGCAAAAUGGAUGAAAGAGAGAAACAGCAGGCUCUGGAGGAGGAACAGGCCAGAUUGCAGGCUCUGAAGGAACAGCGCCUGCGAGAGAUUUCUGUGGUUUCCAAUUCUACUUCCACAUCUGCUUCUCCAAGCACUUUAUCAGGAAAGAGCGUGAAUACCAAUCCUGCAGUUGACCUUUUUGCAGCCCCUGCACCAACCACCAAUAGCAUGCCCAACCUUUCCACUGAUCUCUUCGAUCUUCAGCCUGCAUUUGUUCCCACGGUACAAAGUACUCCAGCUAUAGCAACCUCAGCGAGCAGCGCCUGGGGAGGACAUUUCUCAUCUACAAAUGGUUGUGUUGGGUCUCCACCCCACCUGGAUGUCUUUGAUAUGAAGCCGGUUGAAGAAGCUGUAAAAAGUACAACCCCUUUUGUGAGCUCCACCUUUGCCUCCAAACAAGCAGUGGAACUAUUUAGUGGCUACCCUCUUCAUUCAGCAUCACAGAAAACUGCCUCUUCAACAAUCAAUGUGGACUUUGAUGCUGUAUUUGGUGGAAAAUCAACUGUAAAUGAUUUUGGAACUACAGCAGAUGAUGUAUUACAGCCAACAGUAGCUGCACAAAAUCAGAGAGGAAAUAUAAUUGGGCAGCAAAGUGGGAAGAUUUUGGCCAAUGACCUUGACUCCUCACUUGCUAAUCUUGUAGGAAACCUUGGAUUUGGAGGGACACCACCCAAAAAAUCUGAUAUGCAGUGGAAUCAGCCUACGGAGAAGAAACUUACUGGGGGAAACAACUGGCAAGCAAAAACAAGCACCUCAACUACGUGGAACACUGUUCCUGUACCUCCUGCUCCACAGAUGGUACCUGCUCCAGUAACCUACCCAGUAAAUACACCUCAAGUGCCUGUGUAUGGAAUGGUACCUACUCAGAUUGGAACUGCCCCUAUUAUGGCACCUCAGCCUAUGAUUUAUGCCCAGACAGGUCUAAGGCCCAACAAUCCUUUUGCACCUAUCUCCGGAACACAGAUUCAGUUUAUGUAGAUCUGCCAAAACAGCAAGACUCUUUGACAACCAAAUAUUGGUAGAAAGAAGAUGACACUUUCAGACUGCAGCCUUUGCCAGAGCUCGUACUUGCUCCGCAUAUACUAUAAAAUUACUUUUAAUUGCUGUGCUUUAGAGAUUCUUUUUAUAACAGUCCCUACGGUCUGAAAUCAUGUUUGGGUUUGGAUGGGGGUAAGACUGUUUUCCAGAAGUUGACGUAUUUUGAAGCUAAAGGUCAUCCAGGUUCAAAAAGAAUAUCCUACCUUUUUGCUCUUAAGACAAGCUUGCUUAGGAAUCCUUCGAAGGAUUUCAUCUUAAUGGUGGGCCUGUAAUAAGCCAGUGGACACCCUCAUACUUCUAUUUAUUUUCUCCCUGAACUCAGCGGCUGAUGUAGUCAUGGGCACCAGAGCAAAGUUGAGCAAUAAGCUUUUUACCUACUCUGAAGGAAUACCCAAAACAGUAAGUGCUCCGGCAGGAGUAAAUCCUGCAUUGCGAGAAGAGCUGGUAUCUUGGGAAACCAGGCUGUUUUUCCUCACGUUUGGCUAGCUGCUUCUAAUUCAUGGAUUUUAUACUGUGAGUUUUCAAACGCUGUGAAUCAACUUUAAUUAAAUUGGCCAUUAAUGUUAAUUUAAUUGGCCAUUAAUGGAAAACUAGUUAAUUGGCAUUAAAGCAGAGGGUUGCUUGGCCAAGCAGCAGAGCUACCCUUGGCCCCUGGGGGGAUAGAAUAGCGUGUCACGAAGCAGUGCGUGCGGUUCUGGUGUGAAAGGCAGCAGCUGCAAUACCUUACACAGGUAGUAGCCUUGUUUAUGGCUCCGGUGAGAGUUGCCUUCUAUCCUGGGAAAAACAGUGAACGGUCAGCCAAAGCUGUACGUCUGGGAGGUAGCUUGCCCUCAAAGGGGCAUCACCCAUUUUCUUUGUGGUUCAUCACGUGCCGUGAUGCACUUUUAAGAACUGGAAAGGUGUCUUUCUGAAUGCUCCAUCCAUGGUGUAGCUCAGUUUUUGUCGAGGGAGCAAAGGAAAAAGCGCCCGUAACUAGGUAAGGUGACAUUUUUUUAGGGGAACGAAGUGUAAAUAUGUGUAAACCUUUAAGGACAGAAUUUCUCCAGAAUUGCAGGAAUUUCUUCUUCUUCUUCUUUUUCUUUGUAACACAUUCAGAAUACGAGUAUUUACUGCUUAAAGACAUAUAGCUCAAAAUUUCUUUCGUAUUGAAAAGCUCAAACGAUUGUCCCUGAAAAUAUGUGAGAUGUUAUUGCAGUUUAAGGGAGCCUGUGUAAUGGGAUAAUACAGCCUGAUGGUCCACAAUUUUCAGCUCUCCUCCAGAAGUUGUGAUGGUGGUGGUGAUGAUAACAGUAAUAACGAUACAUUAAACAGUACUAUGGGGUUUGACACAGCUUGUUCAGGAUGUAUUAUCAGGGGAAACUGCAAGAAAUUUGGAUUUAAAAUCCCUUUUUAAAGUCAAAGAAGUGUUCUAAGUAAUGGAAGAGUUGAUUCCUUUAUAUCACUGCCAUGCUUCUGGUGUUGAGCCCCGUUACUACAGCAAUAACAGGACGAAGGGUAUCAAGUAAUGCUAGCGUGGUUCUUCUUCCAUAAAGUUUGCCCCUUUUGUGUCAGAUAUUCUUAAGAUACUGCAUUUGACCUUGCUCUUUCAAGCAUUUGCCAAAUUGUGGGUUUUGUUCCUAGGAAAGGGAUUUAACAGCAACUACAAAAAAACACACACACCAUUUUUGCGGAUCAGAAUGUCAAAUUCAGCGAACAAUUUUUUUCUCUAUGCGUGUCUUUUGUGUUUGUUAAUAUUGUGCCAAGAAUGUAAAAAAAAAAAUGCCUGCUUCAAAAAGGAUAUACUUGUUUUGUCAAGCUAAACAUGAUUUUUUAAAGAAAAGAAUCAUUUUUUUACAUACGUGUUUGCAAUUUGUAACCACUAACUUUGUAUGGAUUAAAUGUGCAAGUGGAAAAAAUGUUUUAGACCAAAUCUUCGACAUGUACUGGCAAAGACGUAAACUGGAUGCAUGUAAUUAAAUGUGGAAAGUGGAUUUUCAAGGGCUUUUGGCUUUAAUGUAUUCUCCAGGUUUGCCCCAAACCAGUAUUUAUUGUGGCCCUAUAUAAGCUGGAGCAGUUUAUUUGUGGGGCUUGUUUGAAUUGAUAUUUUCAUGCAUUAAUUUAGCUAAUCCUCAUUUAGGGUUGUAUAAUCUUGCUUCCCACCAAUUUUCACUCUUUCAAUCCAGUUUAGACCAGCACAUGUGUUUUAAAUAACAUAGGUUUUAUAAUAAAUUAGAAACAUUUUAUCACAGACAUUGUGACAAUGUGAGGUUUAACACCAUAAUAUAAGCAGCGAGCUUUUUAACCCCCAGAGAUUAUUUUCUAAUCAUUGAAUUUUAACUAUGUUGAAUUUAUUACAUUUACUGGCUGCAAUCUUACAGCAGGGAACGUCCUGCAAUAUCCAUCUCAUCAAAGAGAGAGCAACUUCCAGCUCUCCAGAUGAAAGUAUGUUAUGUUACUGCUUGAUACAAUUAUUAUAUACUAAUUAUUGAUUUUAUUGUAAUUAUAAUUCAUAGUAAUAACCACACUGUUCCCAACAUAUUGAUGUAUAAAAUUUCUGAUAUUUACAAAUUCUUCCUUCUAUUUAAUGUCCAGUACAGUCCAUAAAAAUAGACUUUAACUUCUCUGAAGCUUAAGUUAUUCGCAGCUCAGCCAUUCUGAAUAUGCACAACUUUCUGUGCCUAUAGAAUCUUUAACCAAUUCGCACACAACCAAUAAGAACCUCUUUCUCAGAAGGUACACGUAAGAUUGUAUUCUCCUCACACCUUUCAACAGUGAACUUCUAAAUAAACAUGAUUUCCAGUUGAUCCUGGGAAUAACGCUGUUCGUAAGCUGCAGUUGAUAAUAUCAUGAUGUGUUUUUACGCAUUUGAAUGGUGUGAUUUCUUGCAGGAUUUCAUCCCAUUUUUAACAGGUUUAAUUUGAGGCUUCUGUUUUUAUCAUAUCCAAGUACUGGAUGUGAUCUGUUUUAGCUGUUUGUAGACAAUAAGCAAUUUUGCUUUUAUUCAGUCAAGCAAUGGUUUCUGAACCACAGCGAUCCCUAGUUGUGUAUCAACUGUAAAUAUUAGCAUUGAAAUUGAAAGUAAUCUCUAGUAUGUAGUUCUCUGGGUGAUGUUUAAAUAAUAUUGCUUAGUUAUCAGACCUUUAAUGAGACAAGGUGGGAGCUGUCUGUAUCUCCUGACCAGCCACUGUGUCCUGGAAUUCCCCCCCAUCAAGCUGACACAAGAGAGGACAGUGGAGAAAGUGGUGUCAGGGCACAACACCCUUGCUGGUAGUGCUUGUGACUGAACUGAAUGGCUGACUCUCCAGGAAAGGAAUUGCAUCAGUAGAGCAGUUUGGCAGAAGUACCCCUGCACUGAAAAAUGGGAACCUUCCCGUCUUCCUGAAGGUGGGUGCAGCAUUGCAGUUCCUUGCUGCAAGAUUGCAAGAUCUUUUUUUUAAAAGAAGACAGUAGACCUGGGUAAGUGGUCUGUGUUAGUUUUAUUGGAAGUGUUUUUGGACCUGCUGCAACUGGAGUUUCCUGUCGUCAUGCCAGAAAUUACCAUUGUACAGGCAACUGUACCAUUUUCAACUUCCAGUUGGCUAAAGGUUGUUUACAGUGAUAUUAGUGUUGUUAUAGUCGAAUGGUCUUGACAUGUUGGACAGUAAGUGUAUAUGUUGUGCAUACUUAACGGUCCCCUCUCCCUGAUUUUAUAUAUAUAUUUAUAGAUUGAGGUGAACUUCAUAGAAUGUUAUCAGCUGUAUCCCAGCUAAAUUCAGGAAUGCUCCAGUCUAAGAUUCAAGCACAUGAACUAGGACUGUAACAUACCUGAAGUGAUAUGCAUUAGGUUAUUAUUAGGGCUGUAUAGGCCUUCAGAAAUAAUUCCCAAAAGGUGCUUUGGAGUGUGUGGAAGUGCAAAUGCAACACCUGGCUGCAACUCUGUAGAGCAGUUGUGUCUGCAGGAUUGUGCGGUGACUCUGCUCAUGGUCCCAGGAAAAGACGCUGCUGCUUUAAAGAGGUGCCAGUAAGUGCCAUCUUUGUGUUCCUGUGUGCUCCACAGCAAUGCAAGAUAUAAAAGUAAAUGCAUGAAUAAAAAUUUGAGAAAAAUCAUGUUCAAAAUUGGCAUCUGCUGAUCCAGUGUUGAACGCUUCCUUGUAGAUACACUGGCAAUACUAAAGAUUAAUACAAUUUCUAUUUUCAUGAAUGUAGCAUUUCAUCCAUUGACAUUCUGAUUGCAAAUGCUUCUAGUUCUUGAAUGUUUGCUGUUAGAGAGCUGAUGUUUCCUUUUAUAAUGUUCCUCUUAGACCAGUGGUGAAUUUUUUUAAGGUUUCCAUUUAAAAAAAAAAUGAACCCCAAAUAAGAUGAAUUUACCUGUUUUAUGCCACCCAUUAUCACUGUUCUAACAGUGUAAUUAAAUACUUAACUGGGAAAUUGGUCCACUUAAGUUCAGCAGGAUUCAUUUCCAAGUAAUCUCAGUCUGAAAUUGGCAUGUCCUGGGUUUAGCUGUCAGUACUGCUUUUAUGAUUUGCCAAAAUUAGGAUAGCAGAACAAGAUGAAUUACUGCAGGUAUUCAGAGAUAACACUUAUCAAAAGGAAGGGAGUUCGGCAUGUUGCACAUACAUAUACUAAUAAGGCCUUGUAUGUCAACAUUUUCUGCUUCCCCCUUAACAAUACUAACAGGGAUUUGGGUUUUGUAUUUUCAAAGAGAAGCAGGAUGGAUCUGAAGAUGGCAAGAAGCCAGUUUGGCACCUUUACGCAGCAGCUCCAGGUAGAGCUGCCAGGUAGAGUGGGGGGCAGUGAGACAGCUGCCUGGCUUCUAGGAAGUCGAGUGAGAUGAUAGCAGGACAUGUCUUGGGCACUCUAGCGUGUUAUUCAAGGACCACGUGCAGUGGCAGCAUCUCUCUCUGUCCUUCAUAGGAUGCAGGGUGUGUAGGGGGAGUCUUAUAUCCAAUCUUAAAGAGCAUCCAAAAGCGGGGUGAGCUAACAUGCUCUUGCCCUUCUGCCUCCCCUUCCCAUGGGCCAUCUUCUAAAGACCUCUUCCCACCCCCACAGUUGUUCUCCGACACUAGAAAUGAAUUUGUUGCGGAGAAAUGCACUCCAGCUGGUGAACUGCCCAGUGCUAACAUUUUGGAACGAAAUCCUGCGUGUUCCCUGAUAGGCGUGCAGCACGUUGGCAUCACCGUCAAACUGCACUUCCCAUCCCGGUGUGGCUGGCUGCCACUGCUCUGCCUAGCUGGCCCUAAGAAAAUGGGGGGGAAGCUAGAUGGCCAUACUUGAAAAAGUCUGUUCUAAAUUUAAGGUUCCUUUUUCUAAAUACACAUUUUACAAAGAACAAAUAUUUUUAGUCCUCUGUAUAUAGUAAGAAUAAGUACCAUUUUUUAAAGGCAAGAAUACUGGGGGGGGGUAAAAUGUUAUCUUUGACUUUAAAAUUGAAUACAGGGUGUACAGGAUGUUUUUUUGUUUUGUUUUUUUGCUUUUUGGUUUGUUUUGCUCUUUUUUUUUCCUUUGAUGUGUGGUUUGGGAAAGUUGGGAUAUCAGUUUUUGAGUAGAAUGCACUGUGGAUCAGUGCUUUUAUUUGUACAUGAAAGGGAAUCCUUUUUUCCUCAAGUAGCCUACAUUUUGAGGAUAACACUGAAAUGCUCUGUGUACCGCUCACUUAUUUCCAUUCUAAAGAUUAUAUUUUUGAGUAAAGGAAAUUGUACAUGUUCUCACUGCAGUUGCUAGAAAAUGCUUAGAAAUAGAAAGGAUGCUUUUGACUCUGAUGUACUUUGACUUCUUGGUUGUCAGGUACUGAUUGAAAAAUGUAUUGUGUCACUCAUUUUCUCUACUGCUGUCUGAUGCUCAUUUUAAAUAUUGUAAUAACUGGUGCAGUCUCUUCUCCCUUUGUCCUAGCCUUUCCCAGAUGUUUCUUUAGUAGUCCCCAAAACUGAUAAAUCUUUGGAUGUAAUUGUAUUCCUGUAUCAAACAGUUGUAGGAUCAGAGAGGGAGAAAGGUGCUGAAUGCCUCUGCCUUUUUCUUCUAAUUGGCACUUUCAUUGUAUUAUUACUGAAUCUCCCCCUCCUUGUUCUGGAUAGAGAGGCUACCUGUUUUCAGGAUGAGUCUUUUAAAAUUAUUUUAUACCUCUAUGCAUAGUUGGGCAGAAUUAAUCAUCGAUGACAUUUGAAGCUUUUACUGAAAGGACAAUUGAAGUUAGAUGACGACUCUGAACUAUAAACCAUAUUACAAUUUUGUCCUCGGAUUUCUUUUUUCACGGCAUCUUUUUCUGUUUUGCUGUGAAAGCCAUAGAAGGCCUGCAGUUUAGCUAGGCUUUAAAGCAGAUUUUAGGCCAUGUAUCAAGUUGAACCCAGACUAAUGUAGUGGCGCUUGGACCCUGCUGGAAAAUGUGGUGAUGUGAUUCCCAUUUAAUUAAGUAGGAGUGAAGUGAAAGUAGCUUAGUCUUCAUCUAACUUGCACACAUGCCCAUUAGCAAGCUUGCAGUGGGGAGCCUUUGAAUAUCAUUCAAGAUGAUGCUACUUCCCAGCUUCCCUUACUGUUACUCAUAUUGAUGGGGGCUGCUGGGAGCUAUGGCUGAGCAAGAUCUGAGGAUCCCCACCUCAGAUUCAAGAGAGGAGGCAGGGGCAGGUUCAGCCUUUGCUGCAGCUGUAUCUGGCAGUUGACAUUGUGUGCUUGAGCUUCUCUGUCUAGAGCAGGGUUCCUCAACCAGGGUUCCAUGGCACCCUCGGGUUCUGCCAGAGGUCAUUAGGGGUUCCCUGGGAGAUCACGACUUAUUUAAAAAAUUAUUUCAAGUUUGGGCAACUUCACAUUAAAGAGGUAAGUUUCAUUCUUUAUUUUCAGGUUAAUAAUACUGCUAAUGCAUAUAUACAGGUCUACACCUGAAACAAGUAUAAUAAUUUGGUAACUUCUGACCUCUAUGAGCGUGAUUGUGCAGGGGUUCCCCGAGGCCUGAAAAAUAUUUCAAGGGUUCCUCCAGGGUCAAAAGGUUGAGAAAGGCUGAUCCAGAUACUUAAUUGGCAGAAUUGGAAGGCCAAAUGAGAUGUUAAGGUAAUGUUUUCUGUUUUCAUUUUUAAACAGUUGUCAGAGCAGGGCCUGGAUUAAGAUUCUGACACGCAGGUGGGAGGGUAAGAAAAUUUUCUUCAUGCCAAAAGGUGAAGACCCCUUAAAUCAUGCUUAGCUCCUGGAGAUCUGGACAUGUCCAUGCAGCUUUUUUGGCAGCGUUAUGGAAGUGGUUUGCCACUGCCUAAUUUGUGGUUUGCUUGCUUGUUUUUUAACUUCCUAUCUAGUCUACAGCCUGAGGGUUUCUACUUGAUUUCCAUCCAAUUACUAAUUAGGUCUGGCCUUGAUUGGUUUUUUGUUUUAGUUGAGCUAAGAUUGGCUCGGUGUUGCAUCUGCUGUGAAACACAAUAGCCCCAGAGGUUGCUUUUCGCCCUGCACAAGUCGCAGUAUUUAGGAAAGGGUUGCAGCUUUUUCUCCAUCCACUGGGGCCCUCAGUUCCCCUUUUUUGUUUGUUUUUAGAAGCACAUAAAAUGCAACUGCACAUUUCUCAUGGUGCCUGGUUUGUAGGGCUUUUUGGUCCUUGGUUGAAGAGCUGCUUAAACAGCAAAUUUGAGCUAAGUAAAUCCCACAGCUGUAGCAGGUUGAGAACACCUCCCGUGCUUGUCUUGGGGCCAGACGGCCUACCCACAGAAGUAGAAUCGGUACAGCCCAGGAGAGAAUUCCACUUGUCAUUUCUGUCCAUGAACUUGGUGAGCCAAUGACAUGCAUCUGACAUUUGUGGAAGCAGCAGGGUAAAUUGUGGCAAACAUUCAGUUGUCAGUGUUGUACCACUAAUUCUGCUUAACCUGCGAGCCAAAUUCUACAGAGUGCAUAUCUGCACUAGUACAGGGUAGUAUUUAAAGUCUGCAAUUCUUUGAGGUCUCCUUGCCACCCCGCAGCCAUUGCCAAUAGGAAGCCAGCUAUAUUCAGAAGAAUAUCCAGCUGUUGAAGUUGUUGCAUACAAAUACUGUAGGUGGAAAGCCUUGUAAGAUUUUUUUUUCUUUUCUCUGAAAUGCAUAUUUUAAAAAUUCAAGGGCCAGCAGUAGUUGCCAUAUUACUUGGGUGACAGAUGACAAAGUCUUUGAAUGUUGUCUGAAUAUUAUGUAGCCAAAUAACAAAAUGUUCAGCUAUAUAAUAGAAACAUAAGGUUAUUCGCACAAAUUUCUCUCAUUCACUAACUGAAAUUAUUGUAAACUUCAUACAGUAGCUCUAGUGAAAACCACUUGAACCAUUUAGUUGUGAAUUGCAAUUUACCAGGAUCGAUAUUUGUAUGUAGAUCUUAUUUGAAGUAAGUGUAAGCCUAUAAUUAAAUCCAAGUACAACUGAAAUUCCAAGAUGUUUCUGUGUUGAUAAGGCAUUAUUGAAGGAAUGUAGCCUUUAUUUUGGGAAUGCUUAAUGAAUUUCUGCAAAAAUGUUUGUAUUUUUUUCAUAUUUGAAAUGCUUUUCUAAGUUGACAUUUUUGUUCAACAUUUGAAAUAUAAUUAGAUUGUGAUUUUCUGUAUGAAUGUCUCAAAAUAUGUAUUUUGCCCAGCUCAUGUUAGAUUGCAAACAAGUUGGAGAAUGCAUCUAGCCAUCAAAAACUUUUUCAGUGCCCCCUCCCCGUCUCCCUCCAAUAUUCUUCUGAAAUAUUUUGUUUGCCAUGUUAACACUUUACAGAUUCUGGCGCUAACUGGCUUGACAGCAUAUAAAACCAGGAAGUGGUUGAGACUGUUGUAUAGACUCCGUUUUGUUAAUGAAACAGGUUUUGGAAAAUAAACUUUGGCACAAAG